GACUACAAGAAUGCUGUGAAUAGUGUGAGGGUGUGUGAAUAAAUAAACAAAGACUGACUUGCAUUACACUAAAUAUUCAGUACCUAUUAAAUAGCUAGCUAUACUUGUGAGAUCUGAUCUUGAGAAAUCAUGUCCAGUCCAGGCUACAAGCAGUUGGAAGCUGAUGAUGGCAGUCUGCCCAGGCAGGAGAAGCCACAGCUCUCAGUUCAAGAACCUCCGCCAGCUUAUGCUUCUCAUCCUAAAGCUACCGUUGUGACUAUGCCUACAGCUGCCUGGGUUGAACCACCCAAGGAUUAUUUGGUCCUCUCUAUUGUUACAACCAUGUUCUGUUUCAUGCCUCUUGGAGUUGUCGCACUAUUCAAGUCUUUGGAGGUCAGAAGUGCCACACAGCGGGGUGACCAUGCCACAGCACUGACUGCUUCUAGGUCUGCCCGCAAAUUCAACAAGUUGAGCGUCAUCAUUGGAAUUAUUGUCUUUGUAUUGGUGCUCCUCCUCUGUGUAGCCAGUCAACUGUCCUGGGUCAUACCACUUGCCGUUAAUGGGAAGUUUGGACACAAAGAUAAUGACAACGAGCACUAUCAAUAUGGUUACCAUCAUGAUAAAUACUGAUCGAGGAUGUCCAUAUAAACUGACUCUGCUAACUUGAACUCUCAUUUUAAUUAUGAUAAGGACUCAGUUAUAAAUGUAGUUUGUUGUUGAGCAUACUGUACAUGUAAAAGACUCAUUAUUAUUUUAUUCAUAAAAAAAAACUUUGCGCAUGCGCAUGUUAAGUAGACCGAAAGUAAACACAAGCGUCAGUUGUUGUCAUGUCAGCAUUUCUCUUUGGACCUGUGCCUUUCGAAAGUCUCUAGUGUCUAGUGGUUUGAACAGCCGACCAGUAUGUCUCGAGGAGGUGAGGAAAAUCAAAGGCUACUUGGUGUAGUGUACGAGGAUCAAGAAAGCGAAGAUGACGAACAGAUUGUUUAUGAGAUCCCACCCCCCGCACCGCCAAGUGCCCCCCAGCGCCCCCCGAUGCCGCCUAGUGCCCCCACCCCACUGUACACUGACCCAACACCAGCUACCAUAGCUACUGGACAGAGUGGCGAUACUAGCGGGGCUGUGUUUCAACCGGCAGACACGUCGGUAUUGCCCCCUCCCCCUGAUUACAGCAUGCAUGCAGCUCCUAUGGUGGGCAUGGUUCCCCCCAAGUACACCCCCAUGGCCGGGGCAGCUGUGCCUGUCAACAUUCAGAUGGACGGUCGACUGGUCCCAGCUACUCUUAUGCAAGAUCCCUCAGGGAAUCACACAGUGUACAUCUGUGAGCCUCAAGGCAGCACUGAGGGAGAAGUUCCAACUGCCAGUGGCAGGCCUAACCCUCCAAAGGACCAUUUCGGGCUGGCUGUGAUUGCACUCUUCUGUAGCUUCUUCUUUCUCCCACUGGCUAUCAUGGCUGUACUCAAGUCAAUAGAGGUUCAUCGACGCUACAAACUUGGAGACUACGUUGGAGCUCAAAUGGCCUCCAAGAAAGCUCACAGCUGGGGCUCUGCAUCUGUUAUUUUUGGAAUUUUCUCAAUUUUGCUGCUAGUCUCGCUCAGAUAUUUCCUCAAAGGGCAUCAAUACAGACACUACUACUAUUAGAUCCAAACACCUAGACAUUCAAACUCUUUAGAAUGUGAUAUGUACGUUGAUUUAUGUACGUGUGUUUACAUCAUUAAUUUAUGCAACCUAUAGUUCCACUACUGCUGAUGUCAUUAUUCUCGUGAUUUUACUUUUGAGGGUGGGGUCAGUAAAACUUGCACUUGCAUGUGCUGCGUUUGGAUUUCACAGCUCCAAGUUUUGUGUUUACUAGAAGUUUACACUAGCCAGCUAUUAAAUAUUAUAGUAUAGUUCGCAGCCAUGGAUGGCGCCUGCCCCAAUACAAGUGCCUAUUAUCCAAGUUCACUGGUUGACUCUUUUCACGCCAUCCCUCAUGUGAACAUUGAUCUCGGUCCGAGCCCCGACAAUUUUGAGCUCUCUUUAAAUUAUUUUCAGGCUAUCAUCAUCUGGGCAUGUGUCCCUCUCCUCUGUGUUAUAUGCCUCUUCAUUAUAAUGGCUGUCUACUUCAUCUGUCUCUGUUGCUGUUGCUGCUGUCAGCAACACGAAAAACGCUCUAAACUAUCGAGAGGUUUAUGUGGUGGACUAGUGAUUCUCCUUGUACUGCUUUCACUUGGGAUGGUAGGUGUGGGGAUUUGGGCCGAAUACGAGUUGGAUCAGGACAUCUUACAGUCGUUCAACUCUGCCCGGAAUGCCACUGACAUCAUGAGUGACCUCAGGAACACGACACUGUCCUUCUCCUACGACACAGCUGGCACUGAGUCCACCCUCGGAAUGUUGCAGGAAGCUCUUGAAGGUCUACCUGCACCCUCCAACACGACUGAUUCUGCAAUAAAACUGCGUGCUUUCAAUCAAGGUCUGGGGACUGUCUUCACUCAGAUACAAAACCAAGCAUCUUUUGUUGAUUUCGGAGACCUUGGCCCAGUCUUUGAUUCUCUGGAUGUGUUUGAGAUAGCAAGACAUUGGGUAAUAUUGGCGUACCUGAUAGUGACCACCAUUAUCCUGUUACUCGUGGCUCUAUCAGUCUGCUUCAGUGCUUGCUGCAAGAGUCCCGUCUGUAUGGUCAUAAUGAUGGUCGGGUUUUUCCUCACAACGUUUGUCAUGUGGGUGGCUGUCGGUGCAAAUCUGGCUCUGCUUGUGGUGAGUGGUGACAUCUGCUCUGCUCCUGAUGCUCUGAUAAGGAACUUGACAGCUGCAAUCCCUAGCAACAGUGUGUCAGAGGAGGUGCUGGACUACUACCUGAUCUGCAACCAGACAUGCUACUCCUCUCCCUUCCAGCCUUUCUUUGACAACGCCACCAUCACCUACACUUCCAUCAAUAUGGACGUGGCUGACAUUCAGGCCUACCUAAGCUCAAACCCUGAUACUAGCAUUCAGAAUCUGCUGAACACUGCAUCUAUGGACUUUAGGGUGUCUUCCAUGUUUGUGGUGGGUGUGGAGGAUCUGACGGACUGUCAGGUACUCAACUCCGCCUAUCUCAAUGUCCUUUCUGACCUCUGCACUGAUGGAUAUGUGUUCAGUGUGGUCUUGUUUGGAAUGGCGUGUGGGUUGGCAGUCUUUAUGAUGCUCAUCCUUAUCUGUGGAUCCUUCUACGCUGGACUACUCGCAGAGGGAAAAGAGUAUGAUGAUGAGACGGUGGUGUACGACUUCCCCAACUCUGGAGGCCCCUCCCCCUGGGAUUCGUACGGUACACAGCAGCAGUACACCCCUUACCGGGGCGAGGCAUUUGACCUCCGAACCAGCCCUCAGGGACUCCCCAACGAGCCUCCUAAGUACAACGACCUAAGUAACCAGUACGGUGGUGGCAACGCUCCCUCCAAUGGGGCUCAUUUCAACAGCGAUGGAACUGUCGACGUGGCCAUACGACCGGCCAGUAGAGGUGGUGAUAUUGACAUCGGGGACUCUCUGGAGCUCUGAUGAACACACACACACACAUAGCUGCACAAACUGUCUCUCUUAAUGGCGGGCUUAUAACGCUUAAGCACUUUAAAUGUACUUACUCUUAGUGUUACACAUAAGUAAUAGAUAUCAGCAAUGUAUGGUUUGUCAAAAUAGAUUGCUAUUAUUUAUGUAUGUAAAACGGUACAGUGAUUUCCUUCACCUCUUAAACACUAACAUUUCAUCGUGUUGUUAUUUGUCUUACAGAUGUAAUAAUUAUGCUGAUGCAUCAUAUCCCACCCACUGAUCCCUGCACAACUUUUAAACUUGAUCAAAUAUUAGUUUAUGAGAUGGUGUAUACAAUAAACAAGAGGCGCUGUUAGAUAUAUACGUGACUGUAGCUUUAAUAUAAAUGUAGCUUAGAUUAUAGGAAAGAUCGUAUAAUGUAGAUUAUGUAUAAAUAAUAUUUUCCCCCAUGGAAAAUUGCUGUAGAAGGAGCACUAAUAAUAAUUAAUGGUCGUGGUGAGAAAUCAAUUAACAUACAAUAAUAAUUAUAAAAUAAAAUUAUAAUAAAUAAAUUUAAAACAUUGGAACACACAAUAAAACAAGGAAAUGCAUUUAAUUAUACAAAAAAAUUGUUACCAUAAAUUAAAGAUUGAUUCUAUCUUCCUAUCUCCUAUCAUUAUAAGCUAUUGCAGUUAGUGCUUUAGUGUGUCCCUGAUACUCCCUCAGGGGCUCCGUCUUGUCCACAUGCCACAGCCUAGCAACAUGGUCACUGGACGCUGUG